CAACGCACGGCGCGUCGUUGUUCUGUGUGUACACACUGAACCGCCGCUUUAUUUCAGAUGAAGCGUCCUCUCAUUCCGUUACAAAGUUUUUAUACGUGAUACAACAGCUGUCUUCGCCAUGAGCUGCUUGGAUGUAAUGUACCAAGUUUAUGGUCCACCUCAGCCUUAUUUUGCCGCAGCAUACACACCUUAUCACCAUCAGAAAUUGGCAUUUUACUCAAAAAUGCAAGAAUCACCAGAAAUGGUCAGUGGAAGCAGCUCAUCUUUUUCCAACCUCUCCGGGCUUCCCAUAAAAGAGGAGGACUGCGCCCAGGAGAAAGAUCACCCGCCAGAGGCCGAGUACAUCAGCUCUAGAUGCGUGCUCUUAACCUAUUUCCAGGGGGACAUCAGUUCUGUGGUGGAUGAACAUUUCAGCCGGGCUCUGAGUCAGUCAAGCAGCUACGCACCUGGAUCCACCAACAGCAAAACUGCAAGAGGUACAUCAUCCUGGAGAGACGGAUCAUUCCCUAUGAGCCAGAGGAGCUUCCCUCCUUCGUUCUGGAAUCAGCCAUCAGUCACUGCAUCUCUCAGCAGUGCCCUGGGUACCUCCCACACCGAUCUUCCCUUCCCAGCAGACCACUAUGCCACCACCUCCCUACACAGCCACCUUCACCAGGCCACCCCAGAGCCCUGGCACUCCUCUCACCACCAUCACCCUUACUCGCUCAGUGGAGCUAUCAGCACCCAGGCGUCCGCAUAUUCACGGCCCUCCAUGCACGAUAUGUAUGGAACACACUUUGACCCCCGUUACGGCUCUCUGCUUGUCCCCUCGGUGCGGCCGCAUAGACUGCCCCCCGCUACGGUACCCGCACCUGCAGCCUCACUGUGCGAUAUCAGUAAGAGCGAACCAGGCAGCUCAGCAUGGACCGCAGCUUUCACAGCAACAAGCUCUGACAUGGGCCAGAGCCUCAGUCUGAACAUGGAUGCAGGUGUGAACUACAGUACACACAGAGGUCAAAAAAGUAUGGACACUUAAGGCAUUCUUAAAAUGUCUAAAUAUGAUUGCAUUGGAUUCAUUUGAAAGAAAGAUGUCCAGAAGCACACCUUUACAUAUAUUACAAAUAGUGUUCAAGAAAAUGUAAUUGGACACUUUUUGGUUAUCAAAUGUUAAAAUGUUCAUAGUAACAAUCUAUGUGGAAUGACUUCAUUCAUCAACUGAAAAUCAUCUUUUGGUCAGAUUUUGGCUAAAAAUCACACAGUUCAAAGUUAAGUUAACUCUGAGAUAAGCUCUACCAUCA